AUGAUGAGGCGCGCGUUCAUUUGGUUUAUCUAUUUGAUAAGUUUGUUUUUUCUGUGGAAGAAUGAAUUGGCUUCAUGUUCUGCAAACAACAACCAAGGGAAGGAGAACUACCUGAACAGAACGAUUAACAUUUUAAACGCGGGAAAAAAUAUAGCCAAGCGAUAUGGACACAGUCAGUUGAAGCCCGUGCACAUUCUGAGCGCCCUGGCGAAGAGCGACUACGGCUCCAAUCUUCUGAAAGAAAAUAGCGUCAAUGCAAGCAACUUAAAGCAGUACUUAGACACCGCUCUGGAGCAAACCCGGGCUGGACCGCCAUUGGACAACAAGAGCAAGAUCGCCUAUUCGGACCAAGUGAAGGAAGUAUUAGCCGAGGCAGAGGCAUUGGCGAACAAAUACAAGAGCCAGAAGGUAGACGUGGAGCACCUUCUGAGUGGAUUAAUGAAUGAUGAGCUCGUAAACGAAAUUCUGAACGAAGUAUAUCUGACGGACGAAGCGGUGAAGGGGAUCUUGAAGAGUAAGUUGGAAAAGACGAAGAAAGAUAAGGAUGGAAAAUCUGGAGGUUUGUAUUUAGAACAAUUUGGAUCCAAUUUAAAUGAAAAAGUUAGAAAUGGAAAGUUACAAGGAAUUUACGGAAGAGAUGAAGAAAUCAGAGCAGUUAUUGAGUCUCUAUUAAGAUACAACAAGAACAGUCCAGUAUUGGUUGGACAACCUGGUACCGGUAAGACAACCAUUGUAGAAGGAUUAGUUUAUAGAAUAGAGAAGGGAGAUGUUCCAAAGGAACUGAGGGGAUAUACAGUCAUCAGCUUAAAUUUUAGAAAGUUCACUUCAGGAACUUCCUACAGAGGAGAAUUUGAAACAAGAAUGAAAAAUAUUAUUAAGGAACUGAAAAAUAAAAAAAAUAAAAUCAUCCUCUUUGUUGAUGAAAUCCAUCUAUUGCUUGGAGCUGGAAAAGCGGAAGGAGGAACUGACGCAGCUAACUUAUUGAAGCCUGUCCUCUCCAAAGGAGAAAUAAAAUUAAUAGGAGCUACCACCAUAGCAGAGUAUAGGAAAUUUAUAGAAAGUUGUUCUGCUUUUGAAAGAAGAUUUGAAAAAAUUCUAGUAGAACCCCCAUCAGUGGAAAAUACCAUUAAGAUAUUAAGAUCAUUGAAGAGCAAGUAUGAAAGUUUCUACGGUAUACAUAUUACAGACAAGGCGUUAGUAGCUGCUGCAAAGGUAUCUGAUAGAUUUAUAAAGGAUCGUUACCUACCCGAUAAAGCUAUAGAUCUGUUGAACAAAGCUUGCUCCUUCUUACAAGUGCAGUUAUCUGGAAAGCCCCGUAUCAUUGAUGUUACUGAGAGAGAAAUUGAACGAUUAGCCUAUGAAAUUAGUACGCUAGAAAUGGAUGUCGAUAAGGUUUCCAAAAGGAAGUACAACAAUCUGAUUAAAGAAUUUGAAAAUAAAAAGGAUCUAUUAAGAACGUAUUACGAGGAGUACGUGAUUUCCGGAGAAAGACUUAAGAGAAAAAAAGAAGCGGAAAAACGAUUAAAUGAAUUGAAGGAACUAGCACAGAAUUAUAUUAGUGCGAAUAAAGAACCUCCCAUUGAAUUACAAAAUAGUUUGAAGGAUGCUCAAGAAAAGUACAUGGAAGUGUAUAAAGAAACACUAGCUUAUGUAGAAGCGAAAACACAUAACGCUAUGAAUGUAGAUGCAGUAUACCAGGAGCAUGUUUCGUACAUUUAUUUGAGAGAUUCUGGUAUGCCAUUAGGUUCUCUCUCUUUCGAAUCAUCCAAAGGGGCCCUCAAACUCUACAAUAGUUUAUCCAAAUCUAUAAUUGGAAAUGAAGAUAUUAUAAAAUCCCUGAGUGAUGCAGUCGUUAAAGCAGCAACAGGUAUGAAGGAUCCUGAGAAACCCAUUGGAACCUUCUUAUUCUUGGGGCCUACAGGUGUGGGUAAAACUGAGCUAGCGAAAACCUUAGCCAUAGAACUGUUCAGCUCCAAGGAUAACUUAAUCAGAGUUAAUAUGUCAGAAUUUACGGAAGCGCACUCAGUGUCAAAGAUUACCGGUAGUCCACCAGGUUACGUAGGAUUCAGUGACUCUGGUCAACUAACCGAAGCAGUGAGAGAGAGACCUCAUUCCGUUGUUCUUUUCGAUGAGUUAGAAAAGGCCCAUCCAGAUGUAUUUAAAGUAUUGCUACAGAUUUUAGGAGAUGGAUAUAUUAACGACAAUCACAGAAGGAACAUUGAUUUUUCCAACACCAUCAUUAUCAUGACAUCCAAUCUGGGUGCAGAACUAUUUAAGAAGAAAUUAUUUUUCGAUGCGAAUAAUUCAGAUACUCCAGAGUAUAAGAGAGUUUUUGAUGAUCUGAGAAUUCAGCUCAUUAAAAAAUGUAAAAAAGUUUUUAAGCCAGAAUUCGUAAACAGAAUUGAUAAAAUAGGAAUUUUCGAACCUUUGAGCAAGAAAAACCUUCGUGAAAUUGUAAAGUUGAGAUUUAAAAAAUUGGAGAAACGUUUAGAGGAAAAGAAUAUUCAUGUGUCCGUAUCGGAGAAAGCUGUAGAUUACAUCAUUGAUCAGUCAUACGAUCCUGAGUUAGGAGCCAGACCAACUCUCAUUUUCAUUGAAAGUGUUAUCAUGACAAAAUUUGCCAUUAUGUAUUUGAAAAAGGAAUUGGUGGAUGAUAUGGAUGUGCAUGUCGAUUUUAACAAGGCCGCCAAUAAUUUAGUUAUCAAUCUCACCGCGGUGUAA